GCCGCGGGUGUUUCCUGGCGACGGGGGAAGUGCGGAACCGCCGCGGCCGCCGAGCGUGGGAGCCGCGUUUCUCCCCCCCACCCCGCCGCCGGGCGCCUGAUCUACCAUGAGACCCGCCAUCUUCCUGCUCCCGCCUCAGCCCGGCCGCCUCUUCCUCCUCUUGGUGUCUUGGCUUUUUAAUCCAACAAGAAGUGAAAUAACAAGUCUAGAUAGCGGAAAUAUAGAUGACAUUUUAAACAAUGCAGAUGUUGCUUUAGUUAAUUUUUAUGCUGAUUGGUGCCGCUUCAGCCAAAUGUUGCAUCCUAUUUUUGAGGAGGCUUCUAAUGUAAUUAAGGAAGAAUACCCAGAUAAGAAUCAAGUAGUGUUUGCUAGAGUGGACUGUGAUCAGCACUCGGAUAUAGCUCAGAGAUACAGGAUAAGCAAAUACCCAACGCUGAAGCUCUUCCGGAAUGGAAUGAUGAUGAAGAGAGAAUACAGGGGCCAGAGGUCUGUGACAGCAAUAGCAGAUUAUAUCAGACAGCAGAAGAGCAAUCCUAUUCGGGAGGUCCAGGAUUUGGAAGAAAUUAAUACUGUUGAUCGCAGCAGAAGAAAUAUCAUUGGGUACUUUGAGCAAAAGGACUCUGACAAUUACAGAACAUUUGAAAGAGUAGCAAAUAUUUUACACGAUGAUUGUGUAUUCCUCUCUGCCUUUGGGGCUAUUUCAAAAGCAGAGCGAUUUAGCGGAGACAAUAUAAUCUACAAGCCACCAGGGGAGAAUGCUCCAGAUAUGGUGUAUUUGGGCUCCCUGACCAAUUUUGAUUUGAUUUACGCAUGGACACAAGAUAAAUGUGUACCCCUCGUUCGAGAAAUUACAUUUGAAAAUGGGGAGGAACUGACAGAAGAAGGCCUUCCUUUCCUUAUACUUUUCCACAUGAAGGAUGAUUUGGAGAGCCUAGAGAAAUUCCAACAGGAGGUUGCACGACAGUUAAUAAGUGAAAAAGGUACAAUAAACUUCCUCCAUGCUGACUGUGACAAAUUCAGGCACCCGCUCCUCCACAUUCAGAAGACUCCCACAGACUGUCCGGUUAUUGCCAUUGACAGCUUCAGGCACAUGUAUGUCUUUCCAGACUUCAGCGACCUGUCAGUUCCAGGUAAACUGAAGCAAUUUGUACUAGACUUGCAUUCUGGAAAACUGCAUAGAGAGUUUCAUCAUGGCCCUGAUCCAACUGAUGUAGCACCUGGACAGCCAAUUCAGGAUGUAGCCAGCAGCCCGCCAGAGAGCUCCUUCCAGAAACUGGCACCCAGUGAACAUAGGUACACCUUAUUGAGGGAAAAAGAUGAACUUUAAAAACUUGAAAUAAUCUUGCAAGCCUUUCAGACAGCAGCAUUGACUUCCGUGUGGUGGAAAUAGUAAACCUAUAUUUUCAUAAUUCUACGUGUAUUUUUAUUUUGAAUAAACUGAAAAAUAAUUUUUUUCUUCCCCAGGCUUGUAAAUAAAUUGAUUUGGUGGGUCCUUCUGUACAGCAUCUUUCCAACAGUACGUUCUUAACGCUCUAGUAAAAUGCCAGAGACCCAUCCAGACACUUGAUGUAACAAUUCUGUAAAACUUUUAUAAUCCAAAUGAAGGUAUCCCUGCCAGAGACAUGCUGUUAACUUGCACUAUCCCAUUCAAUAGGAUUUUGGGGUUGUUUUCUGUGUAAUCUUGGUAGUAUGUGCUUUCUGUUCUUCAUGUGAACAGCUCUCCUGGUAAUCUAUUUCUUUGUCACAUUUUUCUCCAACUUGAGAGGGUCUUCUAUUCUGGAUACUUGGGAGGGGAAUAAAUUAAAGUUUUACAGAAUCUUGUGUGGUGCUUUACUGGGUCUAAAUGUUUAAGCAGUUCUGAUUAUUAAAAUACUAAGUGAGGAAAGGUGAAGUUGUAAUGGUAAUGGCUGUAUUUUGCAUGGUAGGGCUGUACAGGCCAGCUCGUUUGCUGGAAUGAUGGUAUGUUACACAGUUGUGUUAAAACAACACCAGUGUUAGAGACACUUCAGAGCAGAAGAGGAGUAGGGCAGACACAGCACCAUGACUAUGCAAGCGUUAGCAUUCUAAAUUGUGAUACUCUUGUAUGGCUUUUCCCUCAUUGGUUGCACACUCUGAAUUUUGCUCUGAAGAAGGAACUGUUAUCCUUGUGGGCUUUUCUGUUGUGUCUAAUACAUAAUACUUAUCUCAACAAAUGUAAAAGCUGCUUGGUGAGGUGAACAUAAAGAAACAGUAAGAUGCGAAAAACACCUGUUAGUUCAGGGGGCAUGGCUGGAGACUAAUUAGUUCUCAUUUGCACAGCACAUGCUGUGAGCAUCCGAGUCUGUGACUUGGGGCACCAAAGAGGCAAGCUGCUUCUCUGGGCGUGUGGUUCUCAGUGGGUUCCUAUUUACUUCAGUGAGUGCCCCAACUUCUGCAGUUCACUACUCAGGAUUCCUUUUCCUCUCAGGUCAGCUCCUCAGGUAUGUGACAGAAGAGUGAUGUGGGGCUGUGCAGCUGUGCAAGCACUGCUCCCAGCAGAGUCUGCUCAGUCAAGCACCUGCAUCCACAGCCACCUGCAGAGGACACAGUUUAGUGCUCUCAGCACUAAGCUGCAGCUAACUGAGCAGAUGCAGAACUGGUAGCUCACUGCAAGACUGUUCUGAAGUUGGUGGGUUUCUUCUCUUGUGGCUUUUUUGGUUUUUUUUUAUCUGUUUUGUGAUUCUGGAGUUUACAAAGUUUCAGAAAGCCGGGUCUUCUGUUUAAUAGCAAGUCAAGCAUUUUUAGCAGCUAUCAUGCCACCUUCAGCUUGAAUCCAAAGCUAUCAUCAGGGUAGUUUUUAAGGCUGGAGUUCUUGCAUGGUGCCUAUGGGGCUCAUCUUAUGACAUUUGGUGGGUGACAUUUGAAUUUCUCUUGCUGGAGAGAGAUAGAGCCUCAUUCUAUGUCCAGUGAUCCAAUGGCUUUUCCUGUGAAAAUCAGAUAUGCCAGCCCACAUCCAGCCCCCUUUGUUAUGCUGUGUUUGCUCUUCUGAGCAAGGACUUGUUCCAGGAGCUCUGGACAAUUCCUGCACAGUGUGCCAGUUAGUUGACAGGUGCGUGCUGAAGUCACAUCAUCGUGUGUUUGCUGGAGUAGGACCUGAUUCUCCUGGGUUCUUGGUGAUCAUGGGCACAGAUGUGUGAACUUUUAAGUGGUUUUUUUCUAUUUGCAAGCAGUGUUGAACAGCAGAAGUCUAGUUACGCCUAACACAACAGUCAGCAGCAGCUGAGCUCUUGAAGUAUCAUAAGAUACAAAGAAUUUACCUCAGUAGAGCAGUAAGGUGUUUAAACUCUGAUAAACUCUGAUCUACAACAUUGGUUUCAGCCCCUUAGUGCUUGGCAAACCGCUCCCCAAGGCUCUCCUGGGAAGCUAUCAAACAACAGGAGCAUUAUCCCCACACAGAACAAAAAUGUUCCAAACUCACAUUGAUCUCAAAGCAGUUGGUUUGAAGUACCAGAUCUGCACCAGUUCUUAAAAUGCCUGGAAUGCUUUGGGAACUUGUGUUGAUUUCAGUCAAUGUUCAUAUUUUACAGUGGAAGUAUGUAGUUUAGUAACUCAAUACAGGAUUCUUUAGUGUUAAUAAUAAUUUUAAUAACAGAUUUAUUGAAGGACUGAACUUUUUGAUGUCAAAAAGGGAAUAAAAUCUGACAUUCUAAAUCAGUUCUAUGCAGAUGAGCAAAAACUUUGGUUUGGUCAGGAAGCAUUAUGUAUAGCUUACAUAUCUUCUAACCAAUCUGCUUACCAAUCUGAAUGCAGUGUACUUACUCAGGUGCCUGUAUUUUUUUUGCUCGUGUACGUAACUCAUCUAUUUAAAAAAUAAAAUAAAAUCAUAGCUUAAGUAAUAGCCCCCCACAUUUAGUGUGUGCACAGUUUGAAAUUGCUUCCUUAAAGCCUCAAGGAAGAACAGUCCUUGUGUGAGAUGCUUUAUGAAGAGAGUAUGGGGGAAGCUGACCCUGGCUGAGCAGUGGCAGAAGUUCCUUUUGGUGGUGUGGAUUGUCCCAGCCUUAGGGGGAGCGAGGAGGUCCUGCGGUGUCUGCUGCCAUUUAAUGCAUGGGGCUCAGAAUCAGAUAGUAGGAAAGCAGAUCCAGCCACAGUUUCCACUUAAGCACUUCUUCCUUGGUUUCUUUCUUUAUAUGUAGAAAUCACCAGUCACUGGAAUUAACAGCCUUCACAGGGAGCUGUUACAAACUCAUUAGAUAUAUUUACAUCCAAAGUAGGUGCAUUUAAAGAAGUUUUUUGCAUGACAGGAGGAAACGCGCUGAAUUACUCGGCUCGCAUUUCCCACUCCUGCUGAUUUUACAGACGUAGGCACUGUGGCUUCAGCACACGCAGUGUUGACAAUGUUCAUGAUUACUUGUGAGAACUGUUCUCGUACACGUUGCUUCCCUAAGCCUCAGCCCUACUUAAAACAGAUGCGUUGCUCUGGCUGAUAGCAAUUCCAAUCACACUGUAAAAGUAGUAUGGAAGAACUGUUCAGAAAAAGAUGCUUGUGCUGUAAUUAACAGUUGCUUACUGUGUCUCUAGGCACAAAAACCUAUCAUCUGUCAUUAGCAGAUGGUUCUUUUCAUGGUUAACAAAAGGGAGCUCUCUGUAUGUAGGUUGCUUCUGUAUCCAGCAUUCCCUGCUAGGGAGCCUGAGAGCAAAGGUGUGUGACUAUUAGAACCGGACUGGACUAAUCCCACAGAGCUCAGGAGGAGCUGAACAAUGUAAAACUUAAAGCAGCAGCCCCCCAGCUCCAACUUCUGUUCCCCCAACCAGCAGCAGCAAUAGUGUGGGAACCAUUCUCAAAAGAUGGAGGUAGGACUACAUGCAUAACAGUAAGACGAUGCAAAACUAAAAGCAUUAGCACUCUGGUGUGCAACAGCAGAGGUUACAGAAGCAAAUGGCUUCUGAAGCACUGAAAUCAGGAAGGCAGAAUAUUUCUGUAAAAAGCUAGAGGAAGUCCUAACAACACGCCCCAAAAUCUCCACUGAAAAGGCCCAGAGGCAGCCAUACAGGGGGAACAGAGCACAAGUCUCAGUGCUGCCCCACUGAACACAUUUCUCACCAGGACUUGCUGCUUCUCCAUCCACCCUUGGUAUAAAAGAUACCCACCCUUGAAUAAAGGCCAUGGAGGAAGCACACCUCCAGCGAAGCUCUCCCUCUAUGGCACUGCUGGUGCCAGGACAGGAGAAGCGAGGGCAGCAGCUGGCCCUGAGCACUCCUAAAGGCAGCUGAGGCUCCUGGCUCAGAGUGCUGGAGUUUGGCACUUCAUUCUGAGCAACGUUCUUGAGACAAGGAGCUGAAGAGCCAGGGAAAAUGACUCUUUCCCCCAGGGCUGCUUCUUAGGCUAUUUAAGUCUUAACUAUGGUUUGAAUAACUGAGGAGUACACAAAAUAAAAUAAAUAAAAGAUGCUGAUCUGAGCUGGCUGAUGCAGACAGAUGCUGGAUAUACAUAUGUUUUUCCACAUUACUCACCCGGUGUUUUAACCUUACUCUAUGGAAAACAGUGCUUCCCUGUGUCCUGGUGGUAUACACAGGAGGAGUUUGGGAAUCCAGAUAACGGAGAGGAGAUUUUAAAGUGCCCUGAACAUGAAGGAUAGAUGGGAGCUUAUUUUCCUGCCUCAGGAGGACAGGAGUUUAGAAUAAUAUACAACAAUUACUAUAAUAAUAUAAUACAAGCUCUGGCUUCUGGGGAGGGUGUUCAUGAGAAAGCACUAGUUUUCUAAAUCUCUUUAUCUGAAAAGUAUUUUGUGCAAAUUUGGCUUGAAGCACCUGUCACCCGUCAGCUGUUCACAUAUCUCCUUUAAGAAUUUUAUCAUUAAAAGUUACCCUAUAGUUCUUAAGAGUUAAAAGAUUGAAAGUCACUUAUCACAUCUGAAAACAGAAAGCUCCAAAAUUCUGACAUUACUGUUUCACCCUUCCCACGUAACUGUACUGCUGCAGAAUUCACACCUCAGCCUCAAAUCUAAAGCAGGAGGCUGCAAGUCUGUCAUUAGCACAGCUACUGUACUUCUGUUCCUCCUAAUAAGUCUAUACUUCAGCUGGAUUUUUUGGCACUUUGGCAAGAAAGCUCUGGACAGCUGCAAGAGACCAGCUCGAUCUGUUUCUGUUUUCUUCUUUGUAUCAGUUUUCCACCUGUGAAACCCAAAAUCCCACCACCAAGUGCAGCUGCAAUUCCUGCCACUUUGAAGCCUGCAAGGAGACCAAUAGGACCCCCCACCACUCCUCCAAUGACUGCACCUGCCACGGGCAGAGCUGCCAGCUUGUAUUUUGCAGCCUAGAAAGAGAAAAAAAGAAAAAGGGUUAGAACCCUUUCCUGUUGUGAGGUGUGUUUCUCUUCUCAUUGCUCUUGGCAAUGAUUUGAACGCUCAGCAAUAAAUACACUUGAGAAAUCAGUACUAGGAAAAAAGAUGCUCUGCUACCCACGUGUAUGAAUCCCAAACAAUUGAAAACUGAGCUCUCUCACGUAUGCAGCUCGGAGACAGAUCUUCUACACGCUACUGGCUGACUAUACACACUAUUUAUGACUUUGUCUCCAUCACUGAAUCAAGUGAGAAACAGAAAAUGCUCAGACUUCAAUAGCGUGCCUGAAUCCAGACGUGUGGCUUAUUAGCAGCUCUCGCUGACAUCACGUCCAUUGGAGCUGCAUGCCCCUGUUGCUCUGUUGCUUCACGCUCAUCUGAUUCCUGUGAGCCAAUGGCUGAAUGCUCACAUCUUUGCGGGUACACCGAAGUAGCAUUAAAGUAUCACAUAAUGUGAUUUGAAGAAACAAAAAAAGUAUUUUCUAGUAGCCUGGGUGCGAUAGAAAAUUACAAGAGAGAUUGAUUUUUUUUCCCUUUGCUACCUGUGGGUCAUUUCUUCCUUAUUUCCUUAAUUGCUGGCUCCCUCAGCAUUAAAGACGGCGGAUCAAUGGGGUUAAUACAGAGUUUGCUGGGAAGCAGAGUACCAUUGAUCCAGCAGCAGGAGCAGAUCCCUACCUUCGCCAGGUUUUUGGUUCCCUCCUCUGUAUUCGCAGCAGCACUGUUGACGUGGUCUUCAAUCCUGUCAAUCUUCUCCUGCUGAGACUAGAUGCAAAGGAAUUAUGAGUGAGGGAACCUGCUGGGAAGCAGCGGUGAGCCAAUACACACCAUUUUAAUGCCUGUAAUCAGGGCCCCACAGCUGCUUUCAUCUGCCACACACUGCAGCCAUGCAGCCUUAAUGGUGGUUCAUUAAUGGGAUCUGAUAAACUGCGCUGAAAUUACAAACUUACUUAAAAAAAAGCUUAUUAGUUGACAGUUAAUAUGGUGGGGAAUAUUACACAAUGCGUUGCUACUGUUAGAGAAAACAACCCGUAACAUAUGAUUUCUAAAUCUUCUCUGUGAAUAGAUGAGCUUGCACUUCAAAGGGGAAAACAAUCCAAACUAGCAUUUCUGUUUCCUGCUGAGCUUCAUGUUCAAAAAAAGGUCUAUAAAAAGCAUUUAUCAGUACCAACUGCAACAUACAAAGUUGUGCCAAGAAAUCUAAAUAGAAGUACUUAAUUAGGAUAUUAUAAAACACUGACUAGCCUGGUCUGGUAUUAAAUGUGGAGGUUGGUGGCCCUGCCUGUGGUGAGGGGCUUGGAGAUUCAUGAUCCUUGAGGUCUCUUCCAACCUGGGCCACUCUGUGGUUCUGGCUGUGAUUUCCACUUCACAAAUACAACAGUGACAACUGAAAUAUACUUGCUACUGCUUUACCUUUCAUUGUUCUCUGAUUUAAAAGAUUUAAAAGAAGCAUUCCAUCCUUUGUCAGAAUGCAGUAAGAUUCCCCUGCAGUCUCUCAGAGAACACUGGAGCAGCAGACAGAGAGGACAGAGAGAGGGUUUUGUUCUUAUUGAUCUCUAUGGUUCUUAGGCUAUUUCAUGCCUCAGAUGGCUGACGGCCUCCUUAAGUACAAGGCAUCACAACUUUGUCCUCUUUCAGACUCAGAAAAUGCUGAGUCCAGCUGUGGUACCUUCAUCUACAAUCUACCGAAGGCCACUGAACACUUCUGACUCUUGUCUAAUGUCUAAUGAUGGUUAUGUGUAAAAUCCAGUCCUGGGAACAGGAACCCCUCCUUUCUAAAGUCCCUUUCCAGUUCAACAAAUCUCAGUGAAGCAGCACAGAGUCUAGAGAAAGAACAAAAGCUCUUUCAUCUAUCCCAAGCAGCUCAACAGCAAGGGGAUCAGAUUAAACAAUCCUUGUGGCAGUUGAGAACGGUGGGUUGAAACUCCCAGUGGCAAAGGAAGAAUUAAACAUUGGGAACUAAGUGUGGCUGAUAAAAGAUGCCACAUUUAUAAGUAAAGAAAGAGCAUGAUGGAGAUGAGGGAAGCUUCAGACUCUUCCUAGUACUCCUGGUUAAGAGAUUAAAGUACCUGAAAGAUGCCCAACCUGUGCAGUGAAGUCUAUAGCCACUGUUACCCUUGGAAACUAUAAGAAUGAAUGGGAUCUGGCUACAAGUCUGAAGUCAGCACUGCAGAGCUGCUUCUAAGGCUCCUCAGGUGACAAAGGGCAUUGGCUACAACAUCAGGAAUUGCUUAGGAGCAACUAGCAGCACUAGUUGUUGAUAUGAAAAAAUACUGCCUCCUCAGAAAUCUACCUUGCCAGGACCUGAACCAAUAGGAACAGAAGAGGAACAAACAACAGUCCUCUUCUGUUACUACAUGAAAACCAGAAGAAAGCUUUCUAAUUUAGUGCUAGAUAAUUCAACAUAAAUGUAAUAAUGAUAUCCAUCACCCAUGACUUUGGAAAGUAUCAAACGUACCAAUCAUCUGAAACCAGAGGAGUAUUUACUAUAGGUGCCAUGUAGCACAGUCAGGACUUCUACGUGGGCAUCUUGGCUAACUGUGGGGAAAUACACUGCCUCCAUUCAAUGGGGAACAUCUUCCUGAAGUUCCCAACAUAUCUAUCAUUUCAUAACCUUAAUUUAUUUAACACCUGACUGAAUACAUUCUGUUAAUGUGAUUCUGCUAUUCUUGUUGUUGUUAUUAUGUUGUGGCUGUGUUGCUGUUAUUAAGUGGCAACUAGCUCAGUCUGCACUCAGAUUACAGGCAGGAGAACUGCUCUCCUUUUUUCCCCAGCCGGGUGUUAUCCCCACUCACCCUCAUUUUUGAAAGCUUCUAAUACGGAAUGCAGAAUUCAUACUUACACUGACUAACACAGAAAAGUCAGUCACCAACUGGCUGAGCUGAAUCAAGUCCUGAAAAAAAAAAAAAAAAAAAAAAAGUUAUUCUGUAACUUGUUAAAAGCAAGAAUACCAACAGGAUAGUAAGGGAGUCCCAGCAUACCUCUUCUAACGUCUCCCAGGACUCAGCUGCAUUUUCAUUCUGAGGUAUCUCAGGAAGGGGAGAACACAUCUGGAUUAAACUUUGAGACCCAUCAUUUGUUUCUGCGUUGUAUGAAGUUUCUGAAUGAAAAAAGCAUGAUGUUUAUAAAUAAACACAAUGGAUCAGAUUGCAGGUGACAUGCAAAAUUUCUCACUCUCGAUGUUUCUCAUGGAUAAAUUGAUAUUUAAAAUAAUUCAAGGCGAGGAACAGCCCCAGUAACUACCACACAGGCAAAAGUCCUACUCACAGCACUACACAACUUCCUAAAAGGAAGUUAUUGCCAAAGAAACAGGCUCAUUUCUAACAGUGCACUUUCACUGUCAGUUCUGAGCACGAUGAGAAACUUACACUCCUGAAGUUAGGGCCAGUCCAUCAAUUUCCUAUUAGCUGAGCUUUAAAAAUUUGCAGCAGAAAAUUGAGCUUGGGACAAAGCCUUCAUUUACACGUGAUAUCUACACACUGCACUUCCAAAGCUGGUCAUAUAUUUUAUUAUUGUUCUACCACAUCUGGCUUUCAGCCGUUACAGCCUUGGAGUAGCUAGAGAAAAAUUCUGAAGUAAAAGCAAUGAAAACCAAGUACCGUGCUGCCAAACACGUAGUGCUCUGUCCCACUGGUAAAGGUACUCUGAUGAUGGCAAAUAUUUAAAGCUCAGCAGGGUAAAGGAGAUGUUCUUGAGCAUCUUCCUUUCUAAACCGUCUGUGCUGAGUAUGAAAGACAGCAGGACAAAUUAUUGAGGAAAAAAUGUGGAAGGAGUGACAGCCAGGUGGCAUGGUGGAAAGCAGAUACAUUUAACACAUACACGCAUAUCUUCUCCAGCCCAAAACCUUGAGCCAUUAUGGCUGUAAUGGACAAGUGCCUAACUAUGGAUGGCUAAUUCAGUGCUAGUUAAGAACAGCAGCAGCAAGUUGGAAUCUGUUGUAAGGAUUAAGUAACAGCUUGGGAGUGUGAAAAGCAGGCUGGAGAACUUAUGUAUCUCAACACAGUGCAAAGACCAUGCUAAUUUAGUAAGAUUUCUGAAAGAUGGCUACUUUAGCAGCACACUGGUGUUUAUUCCUUAGGAGGGUGGAAAGCUUAAUAUGGGGAAGACUGGAGAGCUAUUUCUAACAAUGCUGUAGUGUAAAUAUUACAUUAAAGUCUUUGAAGGAAGCAAUGAAUGUGCCAAGGUACUGAAACAAUAUUAUAUAACUGUUACUGCAACUGAUACGAACAAUGAAAAAUGAAUAAAAAUAACCUUUCUCAAUAAAAAUUGAGUAAUAAAGCAUGCUAAUACAUGGAAUUAAUUUAAGAUAAAAUAAAAACAAUACAUUUUUA